GCUCCGCGUCACUCCUAAUCCGCGGAAUCAAAUCCUACAUUUCCUGCUCGAAACUGGGGGUUCUUCCAGGCUGCCCUUUAUUCCAGGAUUUGACCCCAGAUUACCUGUUUCCAAGUGGAGUAUAUGCGGCCCCACUGCCAGAUAACCUGGGAGAAACAGAUAAUCUGGGAUCAGAUCCUGGGAUAUAGGGGCAGUGUGGAAGGGCCCUGGAAUAUCUAGCAGUGUGGGCUCCGAGAACUCAGGGCCCUUCCACACAGCCACAUAAUCCAGAAUAUCAAUGCAGAAAAUCCCAUAAUAUCUGCUUUGAUCUGGGUUAUCUGAGCCCACACUGCCAUAUAUCCCAGUUCAAAGCAGAUGAUUGGAUUCAGCUGUGUGGAAGGGGCCGAAGACAAGGGCCCUUGGCUGUUGUGCGGCGACUGAGCAAAUGUUCCGGCUGACUAUGCCCAGGUGAUGAUUGGUGUCAGGUACCGGGGCGGGCCCGCUUCGAACGUGUCCAAUGAAGAUCACGGAAAGAGAGAGAGAGGAGACAGCCCAUUGGUCGAGGCCCGGAGCGUGGCGGCCAAUAGGGAAAGGGAAAGGUUUUGGCGCCUUCCUUUGAGCGGGGAAGACAGCUUCCCGAGGAGUUUUGUCGCCCGACGCCAUUGCCGCCUUCCUGUCAGCGGGUUCUUCGGCCUUUGAGCAUGUUCUUAACGGACUUCCGCAAAGAGUUCUACGAGGUGGUUGUGAACCAGCGAGUGCUACUUCUAGUUGCUGCAGAUGUCGAUGCCUUGUGCAGCUGUAAAAUCCUCCAAGCUUUGUUUCACUGUGAUCAUGUGCAAUACACACUAGUUCCAGUGUCUGGAUGGCAAGAGCUUGAAACAGCAUUUCUUGAACACAAAGAUCAGUUCCAGUAUUUUGUUCUGAUAAACUGCGGUGCUAACAUUGACCUGCUGGAUGUCCUUCAACCUGAGGAAGACGCUAUAUUCUUUGUUUGUGACACUCACAGGCCUAUCAACGUAGUCAAUGUUUACAAUGAGACACAGAUCAAACUGCUGGUUAAACAAGACGAUGAGCUUGAAAUCCCUGCCUAUGAUGAUAUCUUCAGGGAGGAAGAGGAGGAGGAAGAGGAUUCCGGACAUGAAAGUGAUGGGUCUGAGCCUUCAGGAAAGCGUCGGCGAUUUGAAGAGGACAUAGCAGAAAGAACAAUGAAAAGGCGGCAAAGAAGGGAAUGGGAGGCUCGCAGGCAAGAAAUUCUUUUUGACUAUGAGCAGUAUGAAUAUCAUGGAACUUCAUCUGCCAUGGUGAUGUUUGACUUGGCUUGGCUCAUGUCCAAAGACUUGAAUGACAUGUUGUGGUGGUCUAUUAUUGGACUAACAGAUCAGUGGGUCCAAGACAAAAUUACUCAAAUGAAAUAUGUAACAGACGUUGGGACCCUGCAACGUCACGUGUCCCGGCACAACCAUCGCAAUGGGGACGAAGAGAACUCGCUUUCCAUUGACUGCAUGCGGAUAGCAUUUGAAUAUGACCUGUGCCUUGCACUCUACCAGCACUGGUCUCUCUAUGAAAGCCUCUGCAACACCUCUUACACUUCGGCCAGCUUCAAGCUUUGGUCCGUUCAAGGCCAGAAGAAACUGCAGGAGUUCCUUGCGGACAUGGGAUUACCUCUGAAGCAAGUAAAGCAGAAGUUCAACUCGAUGGACAUUUCCUUGAAAGAGAACUUACGGGAGAUGAUUGAAGAAUCUGCAAAUAAGUUUGGAAUGAAAGAUUUGAGAGUGCAAACCUUCAGCAUUCAUUUUGGUUUUAAGCAUAAGUUUUUAGCAAGUGACAUGGUGCACGCCGUGGCUGCUUUGAUGGAGAAUGCAGAGGACGAAAGCGGGACUGAUAACUUUAUCAAGGCGCUAGAUAGCCUAUCCAGGAGCAACCUGGACAAGUUGCAUCAAGGUCUGGAGCUUGCCAAAAAGCAACUCUGUGCCAUUCAGCAGACGGUCGCCAGCUGCAUCUGCACCAACCUGGUCAUCAACCAGGGCCCUUUUCUUUACUGCUACCUCAUGGAGGGCACUCCUGAUGUGAAAUUAUUCUCUAAGCCAGUGUCAUUACGUCUGCUUAGUAAAUACUUACUGCGGUCCUUUAUUUGUUCGACCAAAAACAAGCGCUGCAGGCUCCUGCCGAUGGUCAUGGCCGCCCCGAUGGACCUGGAGCAAGGGACGGUGAUCAUGGUGGGGAUCCCGCCACACACGGAGAGCUCUGACAAAAAGAACUUUUUUGGAAGAGCAUUUGAAAAAGCUGCAGAGAAUACAAAUUCCCAUACUUUGCACAACCACUUUGAAACGUCUAUCAUUGAAUUGAAAAUGGAAGACCGGAGCAAAUUCCUGGAUGCCCUUAUCUCCCUUUUGUCCUGAAGGUGAUGUGGUGCUGAAGAUUUUUAUUUGGAACCUUUUACGAAGCGGCUAGAAUGGACUGUGCCUUGUGUGCUUGGGUUUCCCUAUAUUUAAGAAGUGUCCCCACCACCUUGUAGAGCUGUGAGACCUUUUCCUCUGUACCUUUUACCCUGUGCAUAUGAAACGUGUAAAUGCUAACUGUUAUUUUAUGUCAUGUUGUAUAGAUUUGAUAUACGCCUGUUUUUAUAAUGAUGAGAGCUGCAGCUGAUCAGCUGUAACUGAAAAGCGCUAUCAAAUAAAUUUUUUUUACUCCA